UGGACCAAACAAGAGAAAUGACCCUAAUACCUCACUUGGAGAUGAGUUUGAUCAUUCGUGACUCGAUUACUUAAUUGGACUACAACAAACACAUCUGAUUAUGUGACAGCAGGAGGGCUAGGAGGCACAGUUUUAGCAUUUAUCUUACAUAUAUAAUAAAGAGGUCAGUCUGCUUACAGUAUCUAACCAGUAGGAGGUCAGAGACAGGCUGUAAACCACCUCAGCCUUAACCACAAUACAAGCAUCUGCCCACAAUUUGACAAGCUAAGUUCUCGUGACAUUGAAAAAACACCCUACACACAAACACACACACACACACUCACAGAAUGACGACCGCAAACACACACACUGACAAACAAACUGACCACGCUAUAGUGUCGCGAGACGGUCGUCUACAUCGACUGGAGCUACUCUAUGACAAAGCUGACAGUGGAAAUCAACAUAGUAACAUGUCACAGACACCGGAAAUGCGAAACGUAACAAGGCCUGAGAUUGAAGAGAGAGCAGCUGGGGCCACAUAUUGUGCAAGCAUGAAGGAGCUGUUACAGAGGUCAGACUUGGUCAUGGUGCUGGUCAAUCUGUCCCCUCAGACGCACAAACUGAUUACUGCCAAACAGUUUGCCAUGAUGAAACCCAAUAGCACCUUUAUCAACAUUAGCAGAGGAACCCACACCGUGGAGACCUCACAGAUCACAGUGGAGUGGAUGACCAAUGCCUUGGCCGCUGUAACUGGAGGCCAGCUUCCUGAUGAAGUCAAGGCAUAGAGCCAGAACACAGAGCCAUCUGUUCCUCUUUUGUUUUUAACCAGCAAAACAUAGAAAUACUAAUAGAUUUAGUAAUCUUUUUCAUUUGUUUUGUGGUUUGUGCAUAUGAGUCAUUUUUUAAAUGCUUUGUGUAUGUUAAUUCAGUAGCCUAAAGGAUAUUAAAGGAUGUG